AUGAACGUGUGCGAGCUGGACACCAUCUUCAACCCCCACAAGGCGUAUUACAUUCAGAACGAGCUGUUCACCGGCUACUCCCGGCAGGAGUUGAGCAAGGAGACGAUCUUGCGCAUCUGCGCCCACCUAAGCUACUCGACUCCACAGCGAAUGUCCAAGCACGAUGCCGAAGGCACGACGGUGGAAACAAGCGGCAGGGAGGACGCCAAGAGCACGGCAGGGACAGCGGGGUGUGGCAAGACUCCAAGAACGACAGAUACAACGGCGGCUUGA